UGUGACUCCGACGAAGAAGGUGCGUCAGGGAGAGAGAGAGGAUCACGACAGCCGACAAAAAAAGAAAAAAAAAAAAAAAAUCAUACACUUGCCCGCCUACGAUCUUCCAUUUUCGAAAGCACCGACAAGACUGUCCAUAGAACCAAGAGCGUCCUUUAAUACGAAAGAGCGUCCUUAUACCUUCGCCUUGUCACGUCCUCUGCCACGAUGCCCGCCCCAGCAGACAGCGGCCGUCGAAAUGCCCUGCCCGUUCUCUACACAAGCGGCACCCAUUACGACGUAGGAUACGAUAUUGGUCGCACCUUCCGCGGCAUCAUCGAGGACUUCCUAGCAUCCUUCAAGGAACUACACGACAGCCUCCUGCCGGCGUAUGAGACAGCUGAAGGCAAGGCAGCCUACGACCAAACCCUCGCCGUCCUGCAGGAGAAUUACCCGCAGUAUGUGAGGGAGAUCCAGGGCACGGCUGACGGCGCCAAGGUUCCUUUCCAUCACCUGAUGCUCCUGCACAUGGACCAGAUCGUCCCCAUGCAUUCAGGCCAGACGCGCUCCUCCGGCACCAACGGCUGCUCCUCCAUCUGCUCCAACAAUGAGGGUCAGGUUCUUCUCGGCCACACGGAAGACGCCCUCCCGGAGACCCUAAACCACGCCUACUUGGUGAGCGCCCACAUCCAUGAGGAAGAACCGCAGGGCAAGAACGGUACGAAGACGGAGGGCUUCACAGCACUGUGUUACGCAGGGCAUCUCCCGGGCUUCUGCAUGGGAUACAAUCAUCACGGUCUCGUUUAUUCCAUUAACGUCAUCAGCCCCAAGAAGGUUUUGGCGGGAAAAACACCCCGCCAUUUCUUGUGUCGAGCUCUCCUGGCUGCCGAGACGAUGAUGCAAGCUCAGCAAAUCCUGCGUGACCGAGGAACGGGUUCUGCCGAUGGCUUCAGUGUCAACAUGAGUUUCACGAGGCAAGAAGGUGACCACCUGUUCCAUAACGCCGAAGUGGGACCUGCAGAAGAAGGUGACGAGAGCCCCAUGUCUAUCCUCACCAUAAGCCCAGGGGAGCAUCUGCUACAUACGAACAAGUAUCUUCGCCUGGAGGUGCCCGAAGACGAGGGGCUUUGUAUGGAGAGUAGCAACCACCGACACACCCGCGCCCAUAGCUGCUGCCCGCCCACAACACGCGCCGCUUUGCUGGCCCUGCUCUCCGACACCGAGGACGCCACCUAUCCAUUCUUCAGGGAGGGCGGGGAUCCUGACUUCGUUAAGACCAUCACGCUCGGUGUGUUCGACUUGGAGGAGAAGACGUGGACGCUGUGGAUGAAGAACCCUCGAUCCGCCGACCCGCUCGUCACGCUCCCUCUCGUCUUCAAAUGGUCCAACUAACUCUCCCUUCGUCCAACAACUUCUGUCCCUCGGGCUGAAUUCCGACGAUUAUCUCGAGGCCUUCUUCGGCCCUUCACCCGAAUCAGUGUGCGGACUACUUUUUACCUUUACAAAGUUCCUUCGGGUCGUAAUUUGUUUAUCUUCAGCGGAUCUAUUUGCUGUACACGUCAGGGUUCUGUAAGAAUAUAAUUUUAUAUCACUGUUUUCUUUUUACACCGGAGGUAUUCGUUAUGCCUCCUUUAGGCUGAAAAGACGUUACUGAAUCAACACUUAAAGUUGAUCCUCUGAACUCUCCGCCUGCCAGAGACCUUGACCUAAACUGGUUGGAUCAGGAUUAUAUAUAUAUACAUAUAUAUAUAUAUAUAUUUAUAUAUAUAUAUAUAUACACACACACAUAUAUAUAUAUAUAUAUAUAUAUAUAUAUAUAUAUAUAUAUAUAUAUAUAUAUAUAUACUAAAAUAACGUCGCAAGGUUCACUGCAAAUACGAAAAUGGGACAAGAAAAACAUGCCUCACCUGUGGGUGGUUAUCGUGCACUUGCCUGCAUGUAUCCUCCCACACCACAGUUGUAAGUCGGCGACCGACGCCAGAUGAAAUAUUCCUUCGCGGGGUGAAGGGGAGGACGAAAGUGGAACAGGCUUUUUCUUGUCAGGGUCAGGGUCAGGGUCGUUGCUCCUCCCACAGGAUACAAGUCCUGUGCUCUGUUAUAUUCCAUGUCUUUGUGUAACCUUUAGUCUACUUAGUGUUCUGAAAUAUGAUGGUUAAUUCUUGGUUCUGCACAUCAGUGUCAAAUGUUCAGUGAUAAUUGUAGAUGUUUAGUCAAAAUAAACUUCAACUUUGGUUUUACUGUAUAAGUAAUUUGUUUGGUUUAACCAUAUUUGGGAAAAAAAGAAUGCAUGACUCUCAUAAUUUCGCUCUCAUUUUCACUUGUUUUCACUGUAAAUAAUUUUAAUCAUAGGAAUACUGGCCAAGCCAUCAAAGAGACUUCUACUUGUUUUAGCAUUUUACAACCCAGGUUAAUUAAAUGUGUGUAAUAUUACAAUACUGAAUGUGAUAGAGAAUUAUUCAGAAGUGCGUGUCAUAAUAUACAUUGAUAAUGAAUGUGAUGCGAAAAUAAAGCUUACUCUUAUU